CCUGAACACCGACACGAUGGACAGCCAAGCUAUUGUCCAGUACAUGGAUGAACGUAUUGAAGUUCUCCAACAGACGAAUCCUACCUUUCACAGAACUUCAUUUACCUUUGAAAACCCACACACUUGCCAGCAUUGCCAGCAGGAAGCCAUCCAAAUUGAGACGCGCUCUAACACAAACCUCUGCUUUGAGUGCAUGUGGAGUGGGGUGGGAAAGGCAGCAGAGGAUGAGCGACAUAGAAGAUGCGGAGGAUGCAGCAGACUUCUUGAAAAUCCCGACAUGAGAGUGUACUCGGCAACUCUAAGCUACAGUCCAUCUCAGGCCAUCGGCGCUUCUCAGUCCGGUUGUGCUUUCUACGAAUUACUGGUAGACGACCUCCUCUUGUCUCAAAAGAUGUUCGGGUGGACGAGGGCCAAACCCAUCUUCUCAAACGAUUCAAACAGAUUCAUGUUAUCUUUUUCCUCCUCUGCUUCCGAUCCACAUCCUACGUGUACGCUUUCAGUUCGGUUUGGACCGGCCGACGGCACAGCAACCGGAUUCAACUCCAUAGAUUCCAGACAACUAGAGGCAUGGACAACGGCGACUAGCAAGGCUUCGAGAUACAUUUCAUCCCGGCCGUACGAACGAGAUGUUACGUCCUCUGCAUCGAUAAACUUCGCUCAAAAAUGUCUAAAAUCCUGCUUGGAAACACACUAUCGAUGUCGCGGACGGCUAACAGAGGAAUCCGACCGUCAAGCACGUCGUCCCGACUACGUAAUGGCUACAGAGUCAGUUGAGAUCGCUGAUAUCCCAUCACGUCUUCUGCAUAUCCCCCCCGACAUUAGUCAAACUCGUGCCAAGCUGGUACAGGUCCGCGAUCUCCCCCACGAAGAGAAACUCGAAAUAUCGCAGUCGGGUUUUGCUGUUCUGUCGUACUGUUGGGGAGGUAGCCAGCCCGUCAUGUUGACUACGGCGAACUUGCUACACCUCACCUCUGGGUUUGAUGCAUCUGAAAUGGCACAAACAAUUCGAGAUGCUAUGUGGGUGGCCCAGGAGAUCGGUCAGAAGUACUUAUGGGUUGAUGCACUCUGCAUUCUGCAAGAUGAUGGACGGGACAAGGAGCGCGAGAUUGCUCGGAUGGGAAAAUACUACGGCGGCGCCACAGUUACCAUUUGUGCGGCUUCUGCUUCAACUGCCCGAGAAGGGUUUCUCUCCAAGCGAGAGGCGCGUUCAUACGCAGCGGGGCCAAUUCGUCUACCACUACGAAGCAAAAAUGGCGAUGGGGAGGGAGAGGUCUUCGUGCUCACGGAGGAUCUGGAUGUGGAAGAACCAACGACAACCAGAGGGUGGACUCUGCAAGAGUCUCUCCUAUCUCGGCGUAUUUUGAUCUUCACGCAGAAGCAAAUCUACUGGUGUUGUGUCAACUCAUACGCCGGCUGCGGCGGCAUGCAUGUGAGCCUUGUGGACCGAUUUGUGGGAGGCAAAGAAUCGCUAGUUGAGAACAUUUAUCCCAUGGGUUCUAUGCUGGACAGGGAUAUGCUUUCUCGCUGGAUCCUCCUCGUCGAGCAAUACACCAAACGUCGCCUAGGAUUCGAGGGAGACAAGCUCCUGGCAUUCUCAGCUGUUGCUGCUGAUUCUGUGGAUGUUUACAAAGGCCGUGGCAAGGAUGUCAUAUACCUAGCCGGCCUGCUUGUGGAGCACAAAAACCAGAUGUCUUGGCUAGAUCAGCUCCUUUGGUAUCCUUUUCCGGAUAUUGCAAAUUCAACACGGGCAAAGGGUUAUCGAGCUCCAUCGUGGUCCUGGGUAGCACUGGAUGGCCGUAUCGCUGUUGGAUCGAAUCUAAUAACGGAAACAGAGACACACUUCGAGAUGGCCGCAAGGGUAGAGGCCCAUCAUAUUGACCUCUCCGAUCCAAAAGCUCCGUACGGCAGCGUUCUAGGAGGACAUCUCACGCUGUGGGCGAAAGUGCUACCAGUACGCGACUGCAUGAAGCUAUCGCUCCCAAUUGAGGUUGUGGCCGAUUGGACUACUGUGGCUUCUGUCGGAUCGUUUUUUGCCGAUCCUAAGGAUGGCUUACCAGCCAGGAUUGAGCUAUUCCCCGAUACGAAGGAAGAUCAGCAAAUCAUCGAGGAACAGAGUAUUGAUCCAAAGUCUCCAUCCCAUGACAAAAUUCAGCUUGUUUGUCUCUUUGAGGCCGAUGCUGAAAUGGGAGGGGUACAGAGGGUAGGCGAUGCUGGUCUUAUAGUAGCAGUUUGUCCUGGUCCUGCGGAGGAUACGUUUUCACGCAUCGGUCUCUUCCGAAUUCGCAGAGAUCUGAAGUCGUUAGAGUCCAGCACGGGGGGUAUCUCAGGACGUAAUGGUCGAAGCGUUUUCGAUGGGGUUCAAAAUCGAUUGAUACAGAUUGUCUAGUAAUGAGAGCCAUGGACGUUUGAGGAUGAC